ACCAAAAUGGAGCCUUGUUGUGCAAAAGUCUAGUUUGGUCUAUUUUUCCACUUUUUUUCGGCCACAAACAACUUGUAGCUUCAAAAUGGACAGCGACGGAUUGCCCAUAAUGGGCCCAGCAAUUGACCUGACGAAGGUUGGUUCGAUACAGCAAAAAAGAACAAUUGCAUUUCUGAACCACUUUAUAUCACAUACUGUCAACUUUUUAAACAGAUUUUCCUGUGUAUGUGAAGAGAAAUUAUCUGAUCUUUCAAACAGACUUCAAAGAGUUGAUGUCACAAUGAGCAUUUUAGAGGCAAAGCUCGCAUCAAUUCCUGGUUUGGAAAAUGUUACAGUUUCAGAAUCCCCAUCUGCUGGACCAACUGCGAGUGAAACUCCUGCUACAACAACACCAUCAACAAAUGGUGAAGAAGCUAAUGUUGCAACUAAUAAUGAAGAAGCACCACCUCCCAUUGAAGAGGAACCUGCUCAACCAGUCAUGACCGUCGCGAAAGAUCCACGAUAUGCAAAAUAUUUUCAAAUGUUAAAAGUGGGUGUACCAUUAGCAGCACUCCGGCCAAAGGUCAUAGCUGAUGGAUUAGAUCCAGAUUUACUUGAGACCCCUGAUGCCCCAGCUCCGGGUGGUGGCCAGGUUUCUAAAGAUAGUGAUGACGAUGAUGAUGAAAUUUCAAGUGCUUCAUCCUUCAGUGACGAUGAUGAUUAAAAAAACUGAAUUGAGACAUUUACACCAAAAUUUCAAAUUCCAAUAUGACAUAUGCAAGAUCCAAUAGGAGAUUAAUUAAAGAGCAGCAGAUGGUAGUUACCCUAUGAGCACACACACCCCUAGCUUAGACCAGGUGGGUGCAAAUAUUAGAAUCAAUUUAAAUUCGGGGAAAUAAGUUCACAAUGGACUACUACUCCUGAAUGAAUUUAAAACCUUACAAAAGGGUCGGUCUUUCUAUGUAUAGCAUCAUUUUAUUUUCACAAUUUUUUGAACAAACAGUAUGCAUGGCAGCUAGCCUGCACCCUACCUACAGAACCAUACUGGGUAUUUGCCACCACAUGCAAGCUCAACAUUAUAUCCCUAAAGCUAAUGACUGCAGAUUGACCACCAUCUCUGCUCAAAAUGUGUAUUAUAAAAUUUUUCAUGAUGAUGAAGACUAGAAACAUGUAAAAUUACAUUUUCAUGUCUCUGUAUCCGAAUGAUUAACAGAAUUUGCCUGCGAUAUCCACCAUAUGGACUGCCUUGCUAUCAGUAUGUUG